ACAAAUACAUAUGCCUGCGCCAAGUGAAACUGCUUCUGGCAUUGCCCAGCUGCUGUGAGGCUCAAAGUACAAGCAGAGUGGGGUUCUAUCCUCCCUGCUGAAAGCUUGCUGGGUAGCACUUGCUUCCCCUUCUAGCACUGUUGCAUGGAGCUGCCGUGAGAGAGAUCCAGCGCUCCACUCCAGAGGAGGCUGCAUUUCAGCAUAGGGGAAGGGACUGUUCUCUGUAUGCUGAUGAGCCUGGGGGAGCCGCGUGAGCCCUCUGUUAGCAGUUCCAGUCUUUGGUUCCAUGAAGGAGAAGCUCAGCUUGCAGGUGACGGGGAGUAACAAAAGGCCACAACAUUUACUCACCACUGCCUGUGUUGGACUGGAGUGUGGUUCUGAGGGCCUCUCUUCCGAGCAUUGCUUCCCUGGCUAACCCUGAGUCUCUCCUCUCCCUCUGACAUGGCGAGGUUCUGCCCAAGCUAGAAGACUUGGAGGGGCAUCCCAGGAGCAGAGCAACAGCUGGAGGCAGAGAGGCAUAGCUGGCUCUGCCGGGCGUGAGCCACCCACCCACCCGCACUGCUGCCGGGAAGUGAGCCAGGAUGUCCCAGCUGUCCGUCAACGAUCACCUGGAGGGGAUCCUCUCCGACUUCGAAGCACUGAAGAGGUCGUUCGAUAUGGAGGAUGCUGAAGAGGCUCCAGCUGUUCUGCCUUCCUGCCCGUUCGGCCCCAGCAUGCCUGCAGACAGCCUAGUCGCGGGCAAUGGGGAAAGUGGCCGGCUGGCCAGCCUCAUGCCACCCACCCAUCAAUCCCGCAUCAGCCUCAGCUCGAGCCCCAGCCCAGCCCAGAGCCCUGUGCUGAAGACCAGGAUUAGCACCAGCUUCUCCUUCAACAGAGGCACCAUCCAGCUGGCCAGGGCCAACGGCGCCGUGAGCUCCAGCCUGACCCGCGUCACCUCUUUCCAAGCCAGGCUUGAUCCCAAUGGCUUCUCCUCCUCCUUAGGCCUGGGCAGCGAGAGCCUCCACAGCUCCUCCUCCAGCUUGGAGUGCCCACUGCCCCCCAGCACACCCCAGAGUGCUGCCAGGCAGCUGGAGCCUCGGGGGCUCAAGGCCGCCCCGGUUGCCAGCCCGGCACUGAAGAAAUUCUCUUCCCACAGUAAUGUCUUCCAUUCUGAGGCGGAACAGCCCAUCCAGCUGGUGUCCAAGGCCGGAGUGAACCAUGGCUCACUGCCCUCUCUGGACCUGCACAUUGCCGAAGAUCAGGGCUCCCCCAUCCCACUCGCCCCUGCCCUGGCUUUUCACUCUGCUGGAGCCUGGAGCAGCAGCAGCCAGAACUGCGCCUUGCUCCGAGGGAAGAGCAGCACACCCAUCAGCAGGGAGCCUUCCUUCUCCUCCUCUUCCUCCUCUUCCUCUUCCUCCCCACUCUCCGAUGCAGCCCAGCGGCCCAGUCUGAGCCCCCCUCCUCCACCCUUCAGGCAGCCGACAAAGCUGCAGAAAUUCCCCCUCAGCCUGGAUGGUUUGGUGGGGAAGCCUCUGGAUGGCUCGGAUCCAGCGCCGAGUGCUGACUCUGCGUCCAGACCGCUGCCAAGGACGCAGCUCCAGCUCAGCCUCAGCACCAGCCCCAGCCUGUCCCGGCAGCCCCCGGGUAGGGCCAAGGAGGGUGCAGCCGCAGCCUCUGUGAGUGGUGUCUCCGCAGCGCCGUCUCCGGGGAAGUGCCCAGGUGCCCAGGUCAAUGAGAGCCCUUGGCCACCAUCUCGGUCUCCUGCUCAAGCUGCUCCCUUCAGGCUCAUGUCUCGGCCUCAGAUAAUGCAAGUGACUUCUCAACCCUCCUUCCUUGGGGGCCCAGCAGCAUGUCCAAGGGAACAUGUCCGAUCCAUGGCUGAAAGAGUCAACUCCUUCUCCAGCUCUGAGGUCUCAGGCCUUGGGGCUCCUGCUCCCAGUUCCUACCCAAGGGAAGUCCCCUACGUGGGCCCGGCAGGUUCUCCAAGGGUCUCUUCUGUGAGCGAGGAGAUGCAGGGCCGAGAGAAGACAAAGGAAGGGAGUAGCCCGGAGCCAGGGUGUAUCAGUAUGGAGGGGCAGCCAGUCCAGCCAGCGCCCGAGGAGACGCCCCGCAACACUAACCCAGCCAACGUGGGGCUGGAGCUCUUUGGCUACGUGGGCAUCGAGGCGGUGCUGGAUCAGAUGAGGAUCAAGACCAUGAAAACAGGCUUUGAAUUCAACCUCAUGGUUGUAGGGCAGAGUGGCCUGGGAAAGUCGACAAUGGUGAACACUCUCUUCAAGUCGAAGGUGAGCCGGAAACCCACAGGCCCCGGCUACGAGGAGCACAUCCCAAAGACGGUGCAGCUGCAGUCCGUCACCCACGUUAUCGAAGAGAAGGGCGUGAAGAUGAAGCUGACUGUGACAGACACGCCAGGGUUCGGCGACCAGAUCAACAAUGAAAACUGCUGGGACCCCAUCAUCAAGUACAUCAACGAGCAGUAUGAGAAGUACCUGAGAGAGGAGAUCCUCAUCAGCCGCAAACGGAAGAUCCCAGACACCAGAGUCCACAGCUGUGUGUACUUCGUGCCACCCACUGGCCACUGGCUGCGUCCCUUGGAUCUGGAGUUCAUGAGGCGGCUGAGUAAGAUCGUCAAUGUGGUGCCAGUGAUCGCCAAGGCAGACACCCUGACCCUGGAGGAACGGGCCGAGUUCAAGCAGAGGAUCCAGAAGGACUUGAAGGCCCACGGCAUCAGCGUCUAUCCCCAGGAGGAUUUUGAUGACAACCCAGACGACAGGAUAUUGAAUGAUAAAAUUCGAGACAAAAUCCCCUUUGCGGUGGUGGGAGCGGACAAGGAGCAUCAGGUGAACGGGAAGAGGGUCUUGGGCCGCAAGACCAAGUGGGGGAUCAUUGAAGUGGAGAACCCAGCGCACUGCGAAUUCCCCCUGCUCCGAGACCUGCUCAUCCGGUCCCACCUGCAGGAUCUCAAGGACAUCACCCACAACGUGCAUUACGAGAGCUACCGCGUGCAGCGGCUCAACGAGAGCAACCGGCUGGUGCUGAGCCCUGUCAAUGGGCUGCUGGGGAAGGACGAGGUGGAGAGCGACCUCUGAGCAGGGAGAGCAGGGCGUCCUCCUCCCAGACAGCGCCCACAGACUGGCUGAGGGGGGGAGGAGCUGAGAUCCCCACCCCCUGGACAGAGUUCCUCCGUUCUCACUGCCCUGCCCAAGUGCCCUAGUGCUGGGCCAGGCGCUGUCUCUGCCAAUGCACCAAAACCUUCCUGCCGUGCAACAGCCUUAAGCAAGGAAAGACUCUUGGGGGGCUGUGCCAGGCACUGCCUCGAGGGCCCCCACUGCUCGCCAUCCAUUCCUCCUGCUUCCCCCAUGCCUGUCCCCCUUGGCGACUUUACAUGGAGCUCAUAGGUUCCUGGCACACGCACCCCCUGCACCGCUGCUCUCCGACAAGCACACCCCAGUUCUGGAGAGAGCCCUGCCCUACCAUGGAGGCACAGACUGGAGCCAGUGGGCCUGACCCCCCGAGACCCGAGCAGCACCCACGGGAAGGUGUGGAGGCGCAGGCCUUUCCCACUUCAUGCCAUUGCCCCCGGGACGGGGGCAGCCUCAGGCCUGAGCUGCUGAAAACAGCCUCACCUCCUGAUCUUGCCCACCUGGGCUGCUGCCCUGAGCCUCCAGCUCCUUCAGGAGGCCCAGCGCCUGUAUCUCCCACGAGGGGGGACUGGAGUAGAACACCGCCCUGCAUGCUGUGUGGCAGAGGAGGCCCUGGGGCUGGGGCUAGAGCCAGAGCCAGCCCUUCCUGCUGGGGGAUGAGUGAAGCUCUGGGAGGUGGAGAUACCCAGUCAGCCUCUCCCAUGUCCUUAGGGGACAGCCCAGUGGAAUUCCUCUAAGGGUUCUGACCCAUCCUACAGAGGGCUAGAGCCUGUAGCUGCCCAUAGGGUUAGGGAAAAGGUGGGAUGGGCAGUGCUAAGGUUUGGGGGAUAGCAGAGGGGGAUGGAGGCAGUGUGUGUCCAAACCACACCUGGGCUGGGAAAAGCCAGGGGGGCAGGGAGACGGAUGCAGGCUGCCCCAGCCAGGGGAGAGGCAUUGGUGGGAGGGCCAGGGCUGGGGCUGAGAGCCAGGCAGCGGGAGGAGUGAGGGGUGUCACGGGGCUAUCCCCCCAGCCCGCAGGGCGGUGCUUGGCUAGAUACUGUCCUCUGUACAGCUGGGGCUCGUUCUCUCACUGGAGGAUCUGGUCACACAUUAAAGAUCCCCCUGCAGCCUUCGCCUGGUGCCUGUUCAUCCCCUCAGAGGGAAGGGGGCGGUGCAGAGCUGCUCCCGGCCGGGCCCCAUGUACAGCGCUUCAGCCAGUGUCCCCUUCCUGCAGCCACCUGGUGCAUCUACACCUGACCCAUCCCCAUUUGGAGCCCCUUCCCCGCCGGGACCCUUGGCCUCCCCCAGAUGGGGGCUAGAGGCUAAAAAGGCCUGGGGGCCCUGAGCCAUUGUCACUGACAGGGAAUGAGCAGUGGGGCUCUGAGGCUCCUUCUAGCAGGGAGUCCCCUCCCCCCCAAACCCAGCUGUGCUCUGCCUGGGGCGUCAGCCCACACUAAGCUCC